AUGCCUUCCCUCUCUACAGUUAAGCAGUUUAACGCGACCGCCACCUCUUCGGCGAAAACCCCCGUCGGUGUCUUCAUCGGAGGCACCUCUGGUAUCGGGCGCGGUAUGGCUGCUGCCUUCGCCCGCCACAUGAAGGGAAACGCUCGCCUCAUUAUCAUCGGUCGCAACAAGGCUGCCGCCGACGAGCUCAUCGCCUCCCUCCCCUCCCCGGCCAACACACUCUCCGAGUUCCUCGCCUGCGACUGCAGCCUCAUGCGCAAUGUCGACGCCGCGUGCGAGCAGCUCGCGAAGCGCGACUUGGAGAAGAUCAACUACCUGGUGCUCUCCAUCGGCGCGGUCGAGACGCUCUCGCACGAAAAGACGGCGGAAGGACUCGACAAGAAUUGGGCCGCGAUGUUCUUUGGGCGAUUCCGGUUCAUACAGAACCUGGCGCCUGCGCUGGACCGCGCUGCGGAUGCUGGGGAGGAGGCGAAGGUUAUCACGAUCGUGCGCGCGGGGGUGGGGGCGCCGCUCGAGUGGGAUGAACUCGAUAUGUCGCGAAAUGGGCUGAAGCGAUGGGCGACACAGAUGCCGACGUACCACGACUUCGCCAUGGCGGGCUUCGCCAAAAGGCACCCCAAGGUGACCUUCAUCCACGCAAACCCUGGAGGGGUGUGGACGCCGCUGUUCCGGCGCUCGGGGCCGCUGCUCGCCAAGAUCAUUGCCUACCUCUUUUCGCCUCUACUAUGGCUACUAGAAAUAUCAGAGGAGCAAUGUGGGGAGUACAUGAUGUACGGGCUCUACCAGAGCAGGCCCGGCUUCAGCGACUUGGGAGAAAGGGGCGAUGUCAUCGAGCCGGGGUACAAGGGUACCGACGAGGAGGUCGACAGGCUGUGGAACUGGGCGUAUAACCGACCUGGAGUACCAUACAAGCAGUAG